AUGUUUUCGAACAUCGACCAGGCUACUGGUUUCGCCUCGGUGGCGCUGACGCCCUUCAUCGCAAUUGGCCUUCUUCUUGCAUACUUGUUGUCGUAUUGCGUCUACCAACUCAUCUUCAGCCCCCUGCGCAAGUUCCCAGGCCCCAAGCUAUGGGCGGUAUCAUACAUCCCCUAUGUUCGCCUCUACACCUCCGGGAAUGGUCAUCGUGAGAUAUUGAGACUUCACCAAAAGCACGGCCCGAUCGUCCGCGUUGGCCCGACGCACCUUUCCAUCAACCACCCCGACGGCAUGCAAGAUGUCCGCGGUCAUCGGAAGACGGGCGAGAACCCCAAGGAAACCAUCCAUGCCAUUCCUAACCGGGACAACAUCAUCGGUGCCAACCGCGAGGACCAUCAACGCUUCCGUCGCGCACUGGCCCACGGAUUCUCUGCCCAGUCCAUGUUGGCACAGCAGCCUGUCAUCAAGCAUUAUGUCGACCAGCUCUUCGGAAAGCUGCAUGAGGCUUCUGAAGGCGGCACGAGGCCUGUCGAUAUUGAAAGGUGGUUCAACUUCACGACGUUUGAUGUCAUUGGCGACUUGGCGUUCGGCGAGCCUUUCGGGUGUUUGGAGGGUGGUAAGUAUCAUCCUUGGGUCGACAUCAUUUUCAAGAGCAUCAAGAACAUGGCAUUCUUGACUGCUAGCAGACGGCUUUCAUGGAUUGGGCCGUUGCUCAUGAUGACUGUUCCUCGCAGCUUGGGUACCAAGCUUGCUGAGAACAAGGAGCUAUCUCGACAGAAGGUGCGGAAGAGGUUAGACCUCGGAGCCGGCCGUCCGGACUUCAUGGACGCCAUGAUUAGGAAAUCGGAAUAUGCUGGUUCGACGAUAUCCUUUGAAGAGCUCACAUCCAACGCUUUUAUACUCAUUGUCGCGGGCUCGGAAACAACGGCCACGUUGCUGUCUGCGGCGACUUUUUUCCUGGCCACUAACCCUGCGUCCUUGGCGAAGCUCAACGACGAGGUUAGGUCAACGUUCCAGAGCGAAGAUCAGAUCGACAUGCUCAGUGUCCAGAACCUCAAAUAUCUAUCAGCUGUCUUGGACGAAAGUAUGCGGUGUUACCCUCCCGUGCCCAGUUCUAGCCCGCGUAUAAUUGGCGAGGGAGGCGAUAGAAUCAUUGGCGAAUUCAUACCAGAAGGGACAAGCAUUGAUGUAUGGCAAUGGGCCGUUUACAACAACCCCGACCAUUUUGCGAUGGCUGAAAAGUUCAUCCCUGAACGCUGGCUGGAUGACCCGAGUUUGGCCAACGCAGAGAUGCGACUGAUCCUAGCCAGGUUAAUCUGGAACUUUGAGAUACGCGCUGGGGAAAAGUUGCAGGACUGCGUCGACAAAUCAUAG